CUCUCCAAAAAUUAUCUUUUAGAAAAAAAUUUACAAAUAUUGUCAAUGAAACUCUAAAAAUAACAGGUUUUUGUCAUGUUGGCAUCAAAACCAAAGAAAAAGAGCAAAGUUGAUCCAACUCAAACUGCUACAGAAUUAAAUGAACUUGGCCUGCCACCUUCAACAUCUGAUUUGGCAGAAUUAUUUGAAGCAGAUUCAGAAGGAACGGGGAGAGCAAAUUCAUCAUUUGUUGCAUUUACUGAAGAAACUGGACUUGGUGACUCAAGGGCUAAUUCACAAGCGCAAUCUACAUCUCAGAAGGAAGGGGAUGAUGCAUCUUCUCGUUCCAGCACCCCAUCAAGUUCAAGUGGAUUGAAAAGGUUGAAACGAAAUGUUGUAACUCCAAUACAUGAAGAAACUUCAUUUGGUGUUGAUAACAAAAAUUUCGAAAAGGAUAACACAAUUCCGAAAGCAUGGGAAAAUUCUGACAAUGAAGUAAGUAAUAGACCUGGAACAGCACCAUCUUAUGAAAGCCCUAGAGGAAAACUUGAAACUCCAAGACCACAGACGGCUCCACAAGGGAGUCCACGGUUGACGGCUAGAAGUAACAAGGUAUCACCUGUGUCAUCUCGAAGUUCAACACCAGUUGAAAAAAUCCAUACAGAAAGUGAAGUUCCAAAAACAGAGUAUGUAGCACAACUCGAUGACACUGCUGAGAAAAAGUUAGAAGACACAACUAGACCAAUGACUGCCGAAUCUAUUAAAAGUUCUGGCUCACGCAAAGGAUCAAGAAAAGAAAAGAUGUCAGUGUCGACAAGAAAAAAUUCAUGGACCAUACAUGAAGUAGAAGAAGAAAAUGAUGAAAAAGCAGAUGUUCCAGAAAAAAGUGUAGAGGCUUCAGAUGAUAAGAAGUCACUUGUUUCCAUUGAUGCGGAGGCUGUCCUAGCUCCUCCUGUUUCUUCUGGUGAUCAAGAAGCGUACAUUCCCGUGGAACAAGCAAAAGCUUGUAUACAAAGGGUUAUUGAGGACAUGAAGAAAAUGAAAGCAAAUCAUUAUGCUGUAGUGGAAAAAAUUCAAGAGCAGUACCAACUUAUUGAGGAAGAAUCUCAGGCCCAGUUUAAUGCUUAUGUUAUUAAGCUGAGAGGAGAAUACAAUACCAAAGUAUCUACCUUUCGACAUGUGUUGGAAUCACACCAAACUGAGUUCACUAAUAAACAAAAAUUUUAUGAAGAAGCAAUUAGGAGUUUGCGGGAUAAAAACAGGCAACUGCUCAUUGAAAAGAGACAGAUGUUGUUAAAAGCAAAAGAUAGCAAUGCUAGUCACGAACAGGAGAAGAAUACUAUUGUAACAGAUUUGACCGGCAUGUUAGAUCAAAAACAUAAAGAUCAUGUUCUAUUGCACUCCAAAUACAUUGAGGAGAAGAGUAGCAAAGAAGAAUCACAGAAAGAAAAUAUUGAUUUGAAGAACGAGAUAAACAAUUUGAAGUCCCGAUUAGAAUUAUCUUCAGGCGAAAGUCAGAAAGUUUUUGAAGAGCUGGACACAUUAAAGAAUGAAAAUGAAGAACUAAAAUCAAAACUAGAAGAAGUAAGGAAUGAAAAAGAAGUUGUAACAGAAGAAAAGGGUAAAUUAGAAGAACAGUGUAACGAAAAAAGUUCGACCCUAGAAGAAAAAGAACAACAAUUAGAAAGUAAAAUCAAAACUAUUGAAAAACUGGAACUGAAAAUUAAAGAGCUCGACGAAAGGGAACCAGUUGUUGUUGCUUCAGCUCCAGUUGUGCAAGAAACAGUAGCAACAUCAGAAGAAGUGCAACUUUUAAAUCAACCUGUAGUAGUUACUGAUUCAAAUGUCAGCAAUGAAGAGCUUUUAGAAUUAAAAAAUAAGGUAAAUGAAUACGAAGAAGAAAAGGAAAAACUUUUGAAGGAAAUGAAAGAAAUAAGAGACGAGAAGAAUAUUGUCAAAAUGGAGCUCAUCAACCUGCAAGAACGUAACAAGAUAUUACACCGGCGCCUUGAAACAAUGUUAAAUGAAGUUACUGAUUCCGUCAACAUUGACAAUACACAAACUAAGCUUUCAGAGUUGCAGGAAAGAAAAACAGUGUUGCAAACUGAAGCAGAUGAGAUUAAUAAGAAAAUUGAAGAAUGGAAAGAGAAUUAUCGAAGUGAGAAUAAUGGCGAAGAACCUUCAGAUGGCGACUACCCUGAUGAUAUAAAAGAUUUUCUUGAGCAACUCAAAACUAAAAAUGAAAAUAUUUCAAACAUUGAUAAAGACAUCAUUGUUCUGAGCAUGCUAUUGGAUGGUACACUGCCUGAUGAUAUGAAACAAGAAAGUAAUGCUGAACAACUCCUGGACUCGGCAACAGAUCAGUUAAAACAACAGUUUGCUGAAGAAAAGAACAAACUUUGUACUGAAAUUGAAAAGCUUAAAGCUGAAAAUGAUACCUUGAGACAGAGAAUUGAGGAAUUGGAAGCUCGAGAACCAGAAAAAAUAGUGGAAACGGUGACUACUACUGUGCCUGUGGUUGCAACUGCUGAAGUUUCUGAGAACUCUUCUGCUGAUGUAGCUGAACUAACUGCUGCUCUAUCAGAAACCAACACAAGAAUACAAGAACUCGAAACAGAGCAUGCUGCAGAGCUGGAAUCACAGAAAAAACAAGCUCAUAAAACAGAUAAGAAACUAAACAAAUUGCAAAGCGCUUAUGAUAAGCUUGAAGCUGAGAAGAGAGAUUUGGAAAGUCAACUAAAGGUUGCCAAGGAAACAGCAGAAGCAGAGCUUAAACAGAAAGAUGAAAAUCUCGAAAAAGCGAAGAAAGAAAUAGAUGAACUAAAUGAAGCAAAAAUUUCUAAACUUCCAGUGAAAGCAAAAACAGAAAUUAAAGCUCUACAGGAAAAACUGAAACAAGCAGAAGGUGAAAAAGAUGGGAGAAAUCAAGAAGUAUUGGAUUUGAAAUCACAAAUUUCUAAGCUCAAUGAAGAUGUGACAAAUUUAAAUAUUACCAUCAAAGCACUGAAAGAAAAAGAGGCGGAAUUACUAAAGUUACAAGAGACAGACAAAAAAUAUAAAGAACUAAAGAAGAGAUAUAAAGCUUUAGAAGCUAAGAAGACAGUAACAAAAACUAUUCCUCAACAAAUUGCAGCGGCUGCUGGUGAUGGAGAAGAUCCACAACAGAUAAAGAAACUGAAAGAUAAAAUAGCUGAGCUAGAGAAACAAAUUGAGGAAGGAGCUGGUGCAGCUGCACCUGCAGUAUCUAAGAAGGAUUCAAAAGUUGACUCUAAAGCAUUAUCAAAAUUGGAAAAAUCAAAUGAAACUUUAAAAGAAAAAGUAGAAAAUAUGAAGAAAGCAGCACAAACCGAUGCUGAUAAGAUUAAAGAACUGCAAGAGAAAAUAAAGGAAGCAAAAACUAAAGGAGAUGAAAAAGCUGGAAAGAAACAAGAAAAAGCAAUGAAAGACUUGCAGAAGAAGUUUGAAAGUGAGCAAAAAAAGACAGCCAAGCUAAAAGAAGAUCUUGAAAAAACUAAAGAAGAAUCCACCAAUCUUAAGAAGGAGGUGGAUGAACUUACUGCUGAUGUUAAACGAGAUAAAGAUGAAAUUGCAAAACUGAGUGUUGCAGCAAAGGAGGGAAUUGAGGCAGCUGAAAAGGUGGCUGACCUGAGUAAGAGUAAUAAAGAAUUAACAGAAGAAAAUAAAACUCUUGCAGAGAACUUUAACAGCGAAAGGAUUCUGCGAAAAAAAUAUUACAACAUGGUUGAAGAUAUGAAGGGUAAAAUAAGAGUUUAUGCGCGUGCACGUCCCUUGAGCAGAUCAGAACUGGAACGUGGUAACCACAACAUAGUAUCUUCACCAGACGAAUAUUCUCUUGUGAUACAGACGAACCGUGGACCAAAAGAUUUCCAAUACGAUGCUGUGUUUACACCAGAUCUCUCUCAAGAAAAAGUGUUCGAAGACACAAAUAAUCUUAUCCAAUCAGCUGUGGAUGGUUAUAAUGUGUGUAUUUUUGCAUAUGGACAGACAGGCUCUGGUAAAACUUACACCAUGAUUGGUGAUAAAGAACAAAAGUCGCCUGGUAUCGCUCCACGUGCUUUUAAAGCUAUCUAUGAACUAAUUGAAGAAAAUAAGAAAAAGUUUUCAUUUACGACGCAAAUGUAUAUGAUGGAGCUGUAUCGUGACAAUUUGAUCGAUUUGUUUGGUAACAAGAAGGAUCCUGCUAGACUUGACAUUAAAAAAGAUAAAAAGGGUAUGGUCGUUGUGUCAGGCGCUGUCAUCAGAGACGCUACUAAUGCUGAAGAAUUGAUGCAAAUAUUUGAAGAGGGGUCAUCAUCAAGACAUAUUGCUUCAACUAAAAUGAAUUCGGAAAGUUCCAGGUCUCACUUGAUUUUAAGUAUCAUCAUUGAAAGUACAAACUUAACUUCAGGCGCUGUGGUAAAAGGGAAGCUGAGUUUGGUAGAUUUGGCUGGCUCAGAAAGAGCUGCGAAGACAGGCGCCACACCUGAGCAGUUGAAAGAAGCUCAAUCAAUCAAUAAAAGUUUGAGUGCUUUGGGCGAUGUGAUUUCCGCGUUAUCGAGUGAACAGUCGUUUAUACCAUACCGUAAUAACAAACUCACGUUAUUGAUGCAAGAUUCUUUAGGUGGAAAUGCGAAAACGUUGAUGUUUGUCAAUAUUUCACCUGCUGACUACAAUGCUGAUGAAACUGUGACAUCACUAACAUAUGCUUCGCGUGUGAAACUUAUCACAAAUGAUGCAAGUAAGAAUUCUGAUAACAAAGAAAUUGCAAGAUUGAAAGGAAUUAUCUCGAAAUUGAAGAAAGGUGAAAAAGUUGAUGACGAAGACGAAUAAGAGCGAGGUGCUUGGUCACACUACCCUUAUUUAUUUAUUUAAAAACCACAUGUUUAUAUUUAACCAUGGUAAACGCACGAAAUGUCUAUGAUGCAUGCAUAACUUUAUUUUUUGUUUGGCGGGGUACAGGUAAUGUAUUUGUAAAUUUUUAUCAAAAUAGUUAACAGUGUUAAAAACUGAAUUUCGGUACGUUGACAUAACGUGUUGUAAUGGUUUGCGAUAGCCUCAAUAUAUUUCACCAAUACGCGCUCAUUUUCUUAAAACAGAGCUUCUAAGACAUGUCUUUUAAAUACAGUAAGAUAUCUACUGGUUUAAGCAUCUAAAUUAUUUGUAGCAUAUGAUUUCUUUUUUGGAAAAUGAAUAUGUUUCUAGCAGUAUGUUUAUAAAAAAAAUCACACAACGAAUGAUUUGUUAGAAGCUUUAAAAAAUUUAUAAAAUAUAAAUUUUGAUAUAAUUAUGUGUAUAAAUAGAAACCAUUAAUAUAUUUUUAAUAUUUUGAUCUUAUAUAUAUUUUAAUCAUGAUAAUUUAUAUUGUAUAUUGUAAUUUUGCACUGGGAGGAUUUUUGAUCGUUUUGAAUGCUCUUAGAAAUUCAAAUCAAUAAGUAAUACCGAAGCUUAUCUAGUUAUCCAGUUCUGAUAACCUUCAUAUCUCGAUUAGUUAGUUACUCUGUAUGGCUUCAUGUACACAUUUUGGAUAUUUAUAUCGAUAUGAUUUAGAAUAGUCAUCUACACAUGUAUUGUU